AUGGUAAUCCCUCAUAAGUUACAAUUAAAAAAUCCCCGCGUUAAACGGGCUCAAUCUUCGACUACUCUACAGUUUGCUCCUCCAGACUGGCUUUCAAACAUAUUUCAGAAUGGCACAAGCACCUUCAUGGUACAUCCUGGUGAAACUCGGGCCGGGUAUAUGUGGAAUCUUUUAAAUCAAAUACUUUCAAAAAUUUCUUCUGUACCUUAUCUUGCACCAAAAUUAUUAUUUAUUACCUUAUGUGCAGGCAUGGGUUCAGUUCUUCCUUAUCUCCCAAUUUUUUAUAGUACUUCCUUAGCUUUAACUUCCACACAAAUUGGUAUUGUCUUUUCGAUUGCACCUUUUAUUUCCGCCUUGAGCUGUCCUCUUUGGACGGGUCUGGCUGAUAAGUUUCAAGCACAUCGAUUCAUCAUUAUUAUACUUUAUUUUUUGGCGACCAUUAGUGUUGUUGGUCAAAUGAUUUUGCCAUUAAUAAUUGACGUUCAUAAUUCAAGUAAUAAUGGUCUUGUAGUUAUUUGCGUGUUAUUUGCUGCGCUGUGGUUUGCUUUUUUUGGUGUACCUGUCAAUGCAUUAAUCGAUAGUGGUGUACUAAAGAUUCUCGGUGAUAAAAGAGAACUUUAUGGUCAACAGAGAUUAUGGGGAUCUGUCGCAUAUGGCAGUAGCACUUUAAUAAUUGGCCUUUUAUGGAAUAUUUUGGCAUUUCCACCAACAUCGCUUAAUCUUCCUACUGCCUCAUUUGCAAGCAAUCCUACUUCGUCAAUGAAGAUGUUACUUACCAAUCCUUCAGUAGUGACCUUAUUAAUAAUCAUGUUACUAAUGGGGACUGCAUUUUCCAUGAGUAACGCAUUCUUAUUAUUGUUUCUUAAUAAAGAGUUGGAAGCUAAUUCGAUAGUUCUUGGUUUAACGGGUCCACUUAGUGCUAUUUCUGAAUUAUUGUUUUUCUUUUAUUCAAAAGAGAAAAACACAAUUUCAUAUGUAUUGGCGCUUCUGGUUCAACUCCUAAAUGGUAUUGGCUUCUCCGCUUUGUGGAUUUCUGGUGUCACACAUAUAGCUAAUAGUUCUCCACCUAGUCUCAUUUCAUUUUCGCAGGGUGUCAUGACUGCCGUAUAUGCUGGCUUUGGUACUGGUUUUGGAAGUUUGUUUGGUGGUAUUUUAUAUGAUAGUGUAGGUGGUCCAAGAGUUAUGUUUGGUGUUGUAGUGGGCAUUAGUAUUGGAAGUUUAUUUAUGUAUUGGUGGGGGGAAAAUGGGUUUAAAGUUAAUGUAAAUCAUUUUGGUGGUAGAAGACGUGAGCCAAGAUUUCCUUGGCAAGAUGUACCUGUCGGAGGAGGUCAGAUUAAUUUGGGGAGGUCUAAAAGUACUUUGUCUAUUGAAGUUUCAAGACCAGCAAAAAAAGGUAGAUACGAAUUAUUAUCACAAGAUGAUGAUGAACAAUAUCAUUACGGCAUAUUCGGGGAAGGGCGAUUAUGA